AAAAAGCGUGCUCGGAAACUUCGCGUUCUCAGUCUUUGUUUCGGCGUACGACUCCCAUCACCAUUCCGCUGUGUACACUUCUAGAUCUGAAAUUUACAAAACACGUACGCGCCGGAACAUUUCAAACCGUCUUUCCGCGGUUACAAUAUUUUCGGCUUUCUUUCUCCGUUCGUCUCGCUCUGUCUCCUUCUAUCUGUCUGUCUAUCUGUCCAUACACGUGAUCACGUCGACUUAAUCUCUUACUUCUCGCUUGAUGUCCCUGACACAGAACAGUUUCAUCCGGCCGUCCGACAGUCAACCGGCCGAGUGAAGUCCCCGGUACUUCGUGUGUCGACAAACGUACGUUUUUCACCUAAUUGCACCCCGUCACUCGGUGUACAGCUGUGAGCAGAAAACGGCUAAUAUGAAUAAUAAAAGCUCCGCCAACUCGAUUUUCGACGGUUUCAAAAAUAAUGCCAUGUCCAAGUUGGGCGUCACAAAACUUCUCUCUCAAAGUUUCUCGCCUUCUUUCGGCGGCGGAUCGUCCUCGAAGCCCGGGCACGCGGCCAGUGCCGACGACGUGUCCGCGGCGAGUAGCCAUCACGGUGGCAGUGGCGGCGGCGGUGGCGGUGGCGGUUCGGUUGCUGCGAGCGCCGCGGAGCACCUAUUGCACAAGGACAUUGCGGCCGUGGCACAAGGCGGAUGGAAUGUCACCAAGUCAUUGAUGAACGUCAAAACGGAGGAGGACAACCACGAUCGUUGUCAAUCAUUGACCGAGUUGAACAAGGAACCACCGGCUGUGCCGUCUGAGAAGGUGGGCCAGAUCAAUUUUGGCCUUGAAUACGACUAUCAGCAAAACACAUUGAUCCUGCGCAUAAUCGCGGCCAAAGACUUGCCCGCAAUGGACUUGAGUGGCACGUCCGAUCCGUACGUCCGAGUGACAUUGCUGCCGGACAAAAAGCAUCGAUUGGACACGAAAGUAAAACGCCGGACCCUCAACCCACGCUGGAACGAAACACUCUACUUUCAGGGUUUUACAAUGCAAAAAUUGCACAAUCGGACGCUCCACUUGCACGUGUUCGACUACGAUCGGUUUUCAAGGGACGAUUCAAUCGGAGAAACUUACAUCGAGCUCAACAACGUUGAUUUCACAGCAAAACCGGUAUUUUGGAAGGAUCUUACAGCGCCGUUAAAGGACAAGUGUGGCCAUUUGUUGACAUCGUUGUCCUACAAUCCGAUGACUAACAAUCUAACACUCGGCAUUAUAGAAGCCAGGAAUCUCAAGGCCAUGGACAUAAAUGGAAAAUCAGAUCCGUACGUGAAAGUCUGGCUGCACGUGGGCGACAAAAAGGUGGAAAAACGCAAGAGCAUGGUUUUCAAGUGCAACUUGAACCCGAUGUUCGACGAGAAAUUCGAGUAUACUCUGCCGGUGGAACAGUUGAGGGAAGCAGCUUUGGAAGUGAUGGUCAUGGACUUCGACAACAUCGGUCGCAACGAGCUCAUCGGCAAGAUAACAAUAUCAUCCAACAAGAACGCGACUGGACAGCUAGAAGCGCAGCACUGGAAGGACAUGCUGAGCAAACCGAAGCAGAGCGUGGAAUACUGGCACCGAUUGAAACCUGAAUAAAUUAUUAUUAUUCUCAUUAUCCUUAUUAUUCUCAUUAUUCUCAUUAUUCUCAUUACUAUUAUUAUUUAUUACAUAAGACAAGACGUGUGUUAUUGAAGUUGUAACUCGAUUUUUUUUUUUAAUAUUUUUUUUUCAAUUCUAUUACAGUUCGAAUAAUGGAACAAAAUAACAUAUUUAUUAUACAAUAUUUUUCUGCAUUUGAUAAAAUCAUAUAUGAAU